AGAAGAAGCAAAGCUUUCUCAUCCACCUACCCAAAGAAAAAGAAAAAGAAAAAGAAAAAGAAAAAAAAGUCCGUCGGUCGGCUAUCGUGCGCCAUCUGCAUUAUUCCGAUCUGCAGUUAAGUUAAGAUGGCCGGAGGAGUAGCGGAGCAGCAGUACGCGAAGGCGAAGAUAUCGGUGUGGUGGGACAUCGAGAACUGUCAGGUACCAAAAGGGUGCGAGCCUCACUCGAUCGCGCAGAAUAUAAGUUCUGCUUUGGUCAACAUGAACUACUGUGGGCCUGUAUCCAUUUCUGCUUACGGCGACACCAAUCGGAUCCCUGCCUCCGUCCAGCAAGGUCUCAACAGUACUGGCAUCGCCUUGAAUCACGUGCCUGCCGGUGUGAAAGACGCAAGUGACAAAAAAAUAUUGGUGGACAUGUUAUUUUGGGCUGUUGAUAACCCUGCCCCGGGCAAUUAUCUAUUAAUUUCUGGUGAUAGAGAUUUUUCGAAUGCCCUUCAUCAAUUGAGAAUGAGGAAAUAUAAUAUUCUUUUAGCACAGCCUCAGAAAGCAUCCGUUUCCCUCCUUGCAGCAGCAAAGACUGUGUGGCAAUGGACUAGUCUUUUGGCUGGUGGACCACCGCUAACAGACAUCACUGAAUCAGUACCUGAACCACUUCAGAUGGUAGACAAUGGGUAUGGAAACACAUUGCAGAAAUCCUCAAGAACAACGGACUCUAAACCAAAAGGAAAGCCAAUAAGGAAAAACUUUAGUCAGCCAGUUUUAUCAACUCCGCCGUUUGAUCAACCGGGAUAUAAUAUGCACCAUCCUACCGGUUCAAACCCUAAUCACAUUCCUCCUGAUUAUUCAUGGAACAAUGGAAAUAGUUACCAAGGUCAUCACCCGCAGUCAGCAAAGCCCCAAGUUCAUCUACCGCCAGGGACUCCUCCCCUUGCCCCUAUAAAUUUCUUUCCGCCUAACCGUCCUCCUACUCAUUAUAUGCCACCUCAGAGGCCUGAUUUUGUUCCUGAUGUUGCAGCAUUUAAUAAGCUUAACCUUUCUCACAAUCCUCAAAUGAAUAAAGGAUUACAGAAACAAAAUUCUGCUGACUCUUACACAAACGGUCCGCAAAAAGGACAUGGUAUGCCCAAGUUUCACAAGGAUGCUGCUAUGAACAAACAUCCACCAUUGGUUAAUAAUCCUGACUUUCAACCAUCAUCUUCCUCAGCAUUGGAUACUAGUGGUGUGUGGGGGACACCUGGAUGCCCAAAACCUUCAGAGUAUGUCCAAGGCCUUAUAGGGGUGAUUCUACUUGCCUUGAGCACCCUGAAAAAUGAAAAGAUAAUGCCUACUGAAGCAAACAUAACUAAAUGCAUUCGUUAUGGGAAUUCUAAGCAACAGAAUAUUGAUGUUAAAAAGGCCCUAGAUAGUGCUGUUAAGCAGCAGCUGGUAGUCAAACAGACCCUUGGUUCAUUACCAUUCUAUGUUGGUAAGAAUGAAAAACUAUGGAAUUGUGUCAACCCUAUAGGUAAUAAUAUCAAGGAUCACUCAAAAGCAACUUGGGAUGAACUCCAAAACUUUUUGUCAACUCCUGCUGGUCGUUCUGCUAUAACCGCUUCCCAGUGCAGGUACGAGGCAGCAUCUAUUAUAAAGAAUACAUGUCUAAAAGAUACUGCUUUGGGUGACGUACUUCAGAUUUUGCACCUGGCAAUCAGUGGAAAGAAGUGGAUCACACAUCAUCCAUCUGGAUGGCAACCAGUUAAUAUUACUCUGCCGGAGACCAACUCGGACUCCGAUUGGUAACCAACCGCCCCACUUCAAAUUACAAAAUGGCUGUAAGUAGUUUUAGGUUAGAGGAAUUCACUUAGGUUGCUCAUGAUUAGAAGGAUAGGUCACCUGGCAUCAAUAUAAAAUUUAAUGGUCUAUCGUGGGCCACUAGGUGCGUUGGGUUGACCAAGUGUGUGUGUGUGUGUGUGUGUGUGUUUUUUCUCUUUAGGUUGUAUAGAGAUGGUUUUUGUUGGGGUUUUUUAAGAAACAUAUAGAUCUAUCGGGGAAUGUUUACCCUUGUUUAUUUUCUAUCCCAUCGAGCGUACCUGGACAUAGAUAGCCAACAAACAAUCAAAUCGAUUGGGAGAUGAUGUAUUAUACAUCCAUCUGUCCUAUAAUGGAUCAACGUGUUUGACAAGAGACUGCUUGUAACACAUGAAGAUGGGUUUAGAUGAUGGAAUCUGUAAGCUGGGACACCUUUUGUACUACUGCUAUAGAAUUGGAUGGAAGGUUUACUUUUGGCUACACAAAUCAGUCAGUAUCCCCAUGAAACUGGUGAAGUUUAAAAUGAUCAGAUUUUGAAUUCAAACCGGGGUAGAAGAUACUUCUGAAGUUUUAUAGGGGAAGAUGUAGAUGAGGUCUUGUAUUCUGAAACUGGUGAAGUUGUUGCAGAAACGUUGAUGGAAUUUUGAAUAUGUUAUGUUCUGAAGUUGCUGCUGAAGUUUUUUAAGGUGAAGUUGAUGAUUGUAUUUUAAAAAUGUUAUGUUCAGAAGCUGGUUAACUUUAAAAUGGGAAGAUGAUACUCCAUAUGUGAUGUUCUGAAACUGGUUAAGUUUUAAAGGGGACGGUGACGAUGACGAUAAGAUCUUGAAUACAUGUCAUGUUCUGAAACUGGUGAAGUUAUGCAGGAAUGUUGAAUAGGUUAUGUGCUGAAGCUGUUGAAGAUUUUUAAGUGAGUGUUAUGUUCAGAAGCUGGUUAACUUUAAAAUGGAAAGAUGAAGAUGAAGAUGGUGAUGGUGAUGGUCAUGAUGAUGGUGAAAUUUGAUCAGUAACACAUUACGAUAACAAUUUGUCAAGAGUAGUAUUUUGGCUUCACAUGAAGAUACACAUGCAGAUGCUUGUUUGAAGCAGUUGCAAACUAGCCAACUAGGCCUGAGCCAUUAAGGUAUGAUGAUCCAUUUUUGUGAAAUGGAUUUAAGUUAAAAUUUGCUAAUGUCCAGAAACCUGUUGUAUCCUGUUUGUUAUCCUUUUGUAAUAUUUGUUAUCUCGUUUGUAAUUUUGUUUCUGUGAAGAUUACUAUUUGUAUUGUAUGAAUAUUCAUGCUUAUCAUGUUACUUAUGCUUUGUGAAACA